GACCAUUCAUUUUCCUUCUAAUCCACACUCUCUGCUUUAACUUCAAGGCCUGCUAUUUUUCUUGUAAGAAGAAGGAAAAACUAGAAGAAACAUCAAUAUUUGAAGAUGAUCAAGAAGCCUCAUGUAGUUUGCAUCCCAUUUCCAGCUCAGGGUCACAUAAGUCCCAUGAUGAAGCUAUCAAAAAUUCUUCAUCACAGAGGAUCUCAUGUAACCUUCGUGAAUACAGAAUUCAAUCAUCAACGAUUACUCAAUUCGAGAGGACCAGAUUCACUUAUAGGCUUGCCUGAUUUUCAUUUUGAAACAAUCCCUGAUGGUCUUCCACCACCAACCAAUCCAAAUGCCACCCAAGAUAUUGUAUCACUCUGCAUAUCCACCCAAACAACUUGCUUAGAACCUUUCCGGAACCUUGUCCAUAGACUAAACAACAAUUCAGUGUCGAAUGUCCCUCUUGUGACCUGCAUAGUUUCUGACGCAGGAAUGAGCUUCACACUCCAAGUAGCUAAAGAGCUAGAAAUCCCAGACUUGUUGUUUCAUACUAUUAGCUUCAGUAGCCUCGCUUGUUUCAUGCAUUAUCCUCAUCUCAUUGAAAGAGGUCUUGUUCCACUCAAAGAUGAAAGUUGUUUCACAAAUGGGUGUAUGGACACCCAAAUUGACUGGAUACCUGGAAUUAAGAAUAUCUUGUUCAGAGAUCUUCCUAGCUCCGUUCGAACAACGGAUCCUAAUGACGCCAUACUGAACUAUGUUUUAAGAGAAGUUAAACGGAGUUAUGAAGCCACAGCCUGGAUUUUCAAUACUUUUGAUGAGUUAGAAAUCGAGGUACUGGAUGCAUUCAAGUCUCAGUUAUCACUGCCUCAGAUUUACACCAUUGGUCCUCUUCACAAUCUUGACAAUCAAAUUCCACAACAUGGGCUGCAGUCAAUUGGAUCAAAUAUGUGGAAAGAGGAUACCAAGUGUAUCAAGUGGCUUGAUUCCAAAGAACCCAAUUCAGUCAUGUAUGUUAAUUUUGGCAGCAUAGCUGUUAUAACCACUCAGCAACUUGUGGAAUUGUCUUGGGGACUGGCUAAUACGAAACACCCUUUUUUCUGGAUUAUCCGACCUGAUCUCGUAGUUGGUGAGUCUGCAAUACUCCCCCCUGAGUUCGUAAUAGAAACCAAAGAAAGAAGUCUGCUCGCAAGUUGGUGUCCACAGGAAUAUGUACUGAAUCACCCAUCCAUAGCUGGUUUCUUAACACACUGUGGAUGGAAUUCAACUUUAGAAAGCUUAUCAAGUGGAGUUCCUAUGAUCUGUUGGCCAUUUUCCGGGGAUCAACUAACAAACUGCAGUUACUCUUGUAACCAUUGGGGUGUUGGAAUGGAAAUUGAUAAUGACGUGAAGAGAGAUGAAGUUGAAAAGAUGGUGAGAGAGUUAAUGGAAGGUGAAACGGGUAAAAAGAUGAAGAGCAGGGCCAUGGAGUUGAAGAAGAAAGCUGAAGAAGCCACAUCACCUGGUGGCUCUUCUUACGCUAACGUGGACGAGAUAAUUAAUUUAUUAGCAGUGUAAAGUGAUUAUCAUGUGAAUGGUGUUAGGUUCACAUUCAGAUAAUAAUGCAGUUGUUAAAGCUACUUAAAUUUAUCAUUCCAGCAGAAGCUAUUGUUUACGGGUCUUGUGGGUUCAGUGUUUAACAUAAAUCUUAAAAAUGGUAAUUCUCUAACGCUGCUCUAGAUGUAUUAAAAUGAUGCAAUAAAUUGACUCCGUUUCUAAAA